AUGACGUCGUGCCUCAGCUGGCUGCAGGCGCCCCGGUUCAGGAGAAGCACAACCAUCUUGUCCGCGCUGAUUCUCACCAUCGUCACCAUCGUGCUGCUGGUCAAUCCUGCGUCAGAUCUGAAAGCUAUUGGGCAUUCGAAGCUAGUGUCUGAGGCGUCGGGGACCGGAUACCCUCGCUGCAGCGACCGCACAGAUGCCAACAUCACCUACCCGUUGGAAUCAUGGCGGGAGGCAGCUGAAACCAAGUUUGGCGGGCUGAUGGAUGACAAGUUUACAAUUGCCAUGUCAACGUUCCAUCGCCCGAGGGAACUCCAUCGAACCCUCAACACUCUUCUAUCCACCAAGAUCCCGUCGCUGCACGAAAUCGUCGUCAUUUGGAACAACUUUGAUGAAAAAGAGCCCGACAGCUUCGUUUCCGAGUACGGUGUCGUUGUGCGGUACCGCAAGCCAACCCGCGAUAGUCUAAACGAGAAGCUUUGGCCCGAUCCCAAAUACAAGACCAAGGCCAUUCUCCUUUCAGACGACGACGUCUACUACCGGCCCGACGAUCUCGAAUUCGUUUUCCAGAUGUGGCGAAACUUUGGCAGGGACAGAAUGACCGGCGCUCUGGCGCGCUGCGCUUCGGCUCUUCCCUCUGGCCAAUGGGACUACAACUUUUGCUCCCAAAAGGAACACCAAGAUGUCUAUGCUCUCAUCUUGACCAAUUUAGCAUUCACACACAUAGCAUUUCUCGACUAUUACUUUUCCGAUGACCCUGCCGCCACCAAGAUCCGCAAUUAUGUCGAUGAAGCCUUCAACUGCGAGGACAUUGGCCUCAACUUUGUUGCCUCAAUGUUGACUGGCUCAGGGCCUCUUUUAGUCCGCGCGAGCGGUCAGUAUGUCAACCUGGACCCUUCAGGGGGAAUCAGCAGACAUCCAGGCCACAUGGAAGCGCGCAGCAAGUGUCUCAACGUGUUUGCCGACGCCUUUGGGUGCAUGCCGCUAGUCGACGAGGUGGGACGGAUAGAACACGGGGUAAAACACAAUGUAUGGUACAAAUCCGUGUGGAAUCGGAUUUUCGGAUAG